UUUGACUUGGGGAGGCAUGAGUGUCACUUGUAUCCACUGGCUAGGAGUCAGUGAGUGAGCGAGCGAGCAGAUCCCACCCACCCCCCUCCUGCUCUGUGUUCCUGCCUGCCUCCAGCUGCUGCAGUUCGGCCUGCCCUGUCUGCUUCGGAGCGUGCUGGGAGUUGGAGUUGGAGGUAGAGGAGGUGGAGGGGGUGGACAAACCGUCCUGGGGAAAGCAAGCGGGUGGGGUAACGUGUGCGUGUCCCAGACUGGAAACCAUUUCCAAAAAAGCUCGCGCACUACGGACUAAAGUUGACUUACGAGGCCACUUCUCUAACAGAGACCCCGUGAAACUUGCGCGACUGUUUUCUGCUUGUUUUUUUCUGCAGCGCUGCUGUUGCUCCCUGCUUCGGAGACUCAUUGGUUGGGAGAGGACUGCGCAUUGGCUCUUGUCUGUAUCCACCUCAGAGGGAAGAGGAACAUUGCAGUAGUAAAAGCUCAUGUUUUAUUUUCGCUCCAAACGUCACGGCUGGAGUUAAAUAUCUUCACAUAGUCAUUUUCUUGACGCGGAUUCUCUGGCUCUGCCGUUCAUUCCUCACGGGCAGGAUGCGUCCGCUUCUGUAGGAUAUUCCGCUCUAUUGUUGACAAACAGUUUUCCCAAGAACUUUCCAACGAGCUUCGAGCGCAAGAAGAGGGGAACAAUGUCCACACCGAGGUUCAAAAAGGAUAAAGAAAUCAUCGCAGACUAUGAGAGCCAAGUCAAAGAGAUUAGGACCCAGCUGGUGGAGCAGCAGAAAUGCCUCGACCAGCAGACGGAAAUGCGGGUGCAGCUGCUGCAGGACCUUCAGGACUUCUUCAGAAAGAAAGCAGAAAUUGAAAUGGAAUACUCUAGAAACCUGGAAAAACUGGCUGAGCGCUUCAUGGCGAAGACUCGCAGCACCAAGGACCACCAGCAGUACAAAAAAGAUCAGAAUCUGCUGUCACCAGUCAACUGUUGGUACCUGCUGCUGAACCAGGUCAGGAGGGAGAGUAAAGACCAUGCAACACUGAGUGACAUCUACCUCAAUAAUGUUAUCAUGAGGUUCAUGCAAAUCAGCGAGGACUCCACGCGGCUACUGAAAAAGAGCAAGGAAAUUGCUUUCCAGCUUCAGGAAGACUUAAUGAAAGUGCUAAAUGAGCUAUACACAGUGAUGAAGACCUACCACAUGUACCACUCAGAAAGCAUCAAUGCUGAGAGCAAGCUGAAGGAUGCUGAGAAGCAGGAAGAAAAGCAGAUUGGGAGGGGGGACCCUGUCUUCAGCAUACGGAUGGAGAAGAAGAUUGAGAAAAUAAAAGAGAAGCGUCAAGCCAAGUACUCGGAAAACAAGCUGAAGUCGAUCAAAGCGCGGAACGAGUACCUGCUGACACUGGAAGCGACAAACGCGUCCGUUUUCAAGUACUACAUCCAUGACUUGUCGGAUUUAAUUGAUUGCUGCGACUUGGGAUAUCAUGCAAGUCUGAACCGGGCUCUGCGGACCUACCUCUCGGCAGAGUACAACCUGGAAACGUCGCGCCACGAGGGUUUAGAUAUCAUUGAAAAUGCAGUGGACAGUCUGGACCCACGGAGUGACCGACAGAGGUUUAUGGAGAUGUAUCCGACAGCCUUCUGCCCACCGGCCAAAUUUGAGUUCCAGUCUCACAUGGGGGACGAAGUGUGCCAUAUCACAGCACAACCGCCAGUCAAUGGGGAGCUCAUUCUCAGGUUCCAGCAGUUGCAGUCUCGACUGGCUACUCUGAAGAUUGAGAAUGAAGAGGUGAAAAAGACAUCAGAGGCCACUUUGACCACCAUCCAGGAUAUGGUGACCAUUGAAGACUAUGAUGUGUCCGAGUGCUUCCACCACAGCCGCUCCACAGAAUCGGUCAAGUCCACCGUGUCCGAGACGUUCCUGAGCAAACCCAGCAUCGCUAAGAGAAGAGCCAACCAGCAGGAAACUGAGCAGUUCUACUUCAUGAAAUUCCGCGAGUUUCUGGAGGGCAGUAAUCUCAUCUCCAAACUGCAGGCCAAACACGACUUGCUGAAGAGGACACUCGGUGACGGCCAUCGAGCUGACUACAUGACCACAAGUAGACAUCCCAAUGGGCUGUACAAAACCCUCACUGGCCCCCGGCGGUCUAGACCCCGCUCUUGUUUCAAUGUUAAGCUAUUUAAUGGAAAUUUGGAGUCAUUUAUCAAGGAUUCUGGACAAGCUAUCCCCAGAGUGGUUGAAAGUUGUAUUCGCUACAUAAAUCUAUAUGGCCUCCAGCAUCAAGGGAUCUUUCGUGUGUCUGGAUCCCAGCUGGAGGUCAACGACAUCAAGAACUCAUUUGAGAGAGGAAACGACCCUCUGACAGAUGAUGAGGAUAAUCAUGACAUCAAUUCGGUGGCUGGUGUUCUCAAGCUCUACUUCCGCGGUCUGGAGAACCCUCUUUUCCCCAAAGAGAGAUUUAACGACCUGCUGUCAUGCAUCAGAAUAGACAACUUGUAUGAGAGAGCGUUAUACAUCCGAAAGAUCCUCAUAACCAUUCCCAGAUCGGUUCUCAUUGUGAUGCGUUACCUCUUUGCCUUUCUCAACCAUCUGUCCCAGUACAGCGAUGAGAACAUGAUGGACCCAUACAACCUGGCCAUAUGUUUUGGUCCCACGCUAAUGCCUACUCCAGACACCCAAGACCAGGUCUCCUGCCAGGCUCAUGUGAAUGAGAUCAUCAAGACCAUCAUCAUCCACCAUGAGACCAUCUUUCCUGAUGCCAAAGAACUGGAGGGGCCCAUCUACGAGAAGUGCAUGGCUGGUGGCGACUAUUGUGAGAGUCCCUACAGCGAGCAUGGGGCACUGGAAGAGGUGGACAAUGAGGGAGGGACAGAGACGCACACCAGUGAGGACGAGGGCGAGCCGAUUGAGGCCAUUGCCAAGUUUGACUAUGUUGGGCGCUCCUCUCGAGAGUUAUCCUUCAAGAAGGGCGCCUCUCUGCUGCUUUACCAACGAGCGUCUGAAGAUUGGUGGGAGGGACGACACAACGGGAUUGACGGCCUGGUACCACACCAGUACAUCGUUGUCCAGGACAUUGAUGACAACUUCUCUGACAGCCUGAGUCAGAAGGCUGACAGCGAGGCCAGCAGUGGCCAUGCAGGAGAAGAUAAAUGUUCAGGAAAGGACAUCAGCUCACCCACUGACACCAGGAUCUCUGAGGCCUACAUCGCCAGGCAUAGAAAAAGAUCAGACCCACCAACUCGCCGGCCCCCGACGCGCCCCAGCAACAUCCACUGCAUGCUGCAUUCGUCCCAGCAGGGCCACGGAGGGACCCCGGAGAUGGGCUCCCCAGUUCUGGGCCACUUCAGCCCACGGGACAUGCUGAGAAGCCACAACCACAUGCCGAUGGACAGCCCGGAGCGGCGGCGGCGCACCGGCCACGGCAGCCUGACCAACAUCAGCCGUCACGAAUCUCUGAAGAAGAUGGAGAGCCCGCCAAUCCGUCGCUCCACCUCUUCAGGCCAGUACACGGGCUUUACUGACAGCCAUCACCACCACAGCGGCAAGCCCCUGGACCCGGAGACCAUCGCACAGGACAUAGAGGAAACAAUGAACACUGCCCUUAAUGAGCUGCGUGAGCUGGAGCGGCAGAGCUCAGCUAAGCACGCCCCUGACGUUGUGCUGGACACCCUGGAGCAGCGGCAGACUGCCGGCGGAGGCGGUCCCACUAUGGCAAGUUCGAACGAGUCCCUGAGCCCUAUCCACGGCGUCAUGCUGAGGUCCACAGCCAACACUGAGCCACCAAUCCGCCGCAGCACCAGCUCCUCCAGCGAGGCCAUGAGCACCUUCAAGCCCAUGGUGGCGCCACGCAUGGGGGUGCAGCUGAAACCUCCUGCUUUGAGGCCCAAACCAAUGGUCAUGCCUAAGUCCAAUCAGGCCCCGCAGCCUCCUGCUGGGUCUGCUCAGGACCCUCUAGAUAAAACCUGUACCAUGUAAGCUCUGGGGGAAAAAAAAACAGAGAUGGAAAGCAAAACUCUGUCUGAACUUCCACCUGUCGUCAAUACACAGAAAAGAAGAGGACAAGAUCCAAGAGAUCUUUAUAACCUUUCCAAUUAUAAGUUGUAGUUGCAAUGUAGAUUUGUCAUCCAAGCAAAUUGUCUGCGUCAGUAACAUGCAGUUUUAUUUUAAUAUGUUUAGGUUACCAUCUACCUUACAGCAUAAGGUUUUUAAAAAGGAAUUUGAACAACAAAUCACAGCAUCUUCCUUGGGAAUUUAGAUUUAGUUUGGUUUACAAGUAAUAAAGAACUAAAACAAGUUAGUAGUAGAGAAGCCUGAAGAGAGAACUGCAGUGACCACAGUGGCUAAAACAAGAGGAUUAUUUCUGUCCGUACCUGGGAGUGGCCUUGAAGACGUGAAUCCCACCAACGGUUUUACAGGCCUAGCUGGAAAUGUAACUGAUUUUAACUUUCUGAUGUUAAAACGGUGCUGGACAAUAAACUGCUUAAAAGGUUGCCCAUCAUGUGGCUCCACAACUUAUUUAUUAACGGUACUCUGUUAAUAAAUGAAAAGUACUGAAACUUGUACCCUUCCUUUCGGUAGCAUGUAAACCGCAGCUUUUUUUCAUUUUAUUUUCUGCGAGGUGUUUGAAGAGUUGUCUUACACGGAAGUAUAGAUUACGCCUCUUUUCUGUGCUCACUCAGAUUGAUGAAACUUUAUUGUAUCAAACCAGAAGAAAGAUGGAAGAACUGGAUAAAACCACUACUUUGUUGUGAACCUCUAUGCUUCCGAUUUCUGCAUCUAUACCUAAAACUGAACGUACGCCUUUGUAUAUGUGUCAACCCUGAGUGUGAACGAUGACUUCAAACAUUUGAUCACACAGUGCGGAUCACAUGUCAUAGCCUUCUGUAUGCCUUGGCUUUAUCUACCCAAAGACUUGUGUAUAGGUGAAAGCAUGGAUGUUGAACCUCCACAUUCACUGAUGUGUUUAGACUUAAGGCAGCAUCUUAGCCCGAGUUUCUGCCGGUAGCCAUGGACCUUAUGACUGUUAGUGUGAAAGCCUGGUCAUACAGCCACCCUCCUCAUCCUGCUUCUUUCUGUGAGGGAGGCUAACAUUUUGAGCCUUACAGUCUGUCCUGUUCAGGUGAGCAUGUUACCUUUUGUUGUUGUUGUUGUUGUUGUUGCUACUACUUCACUUGGACUGGUAUUAUUACUUCUGUGCAGAUUUAUGAGUUCAUCUAAAUGACAUGGAACAAGAAAAAAAAAAAAAAAGACCACACAUUGCUCUGCUCCUGAGCAAUAAUUUCUAGAUGAAAUAGCCUCAGAAAUUUGUGCGUGCCAGACUCUAGAAGCUCUGUACGUUCCCGCCUCUGUAAUAUAGAAACAGUCGCUGGGUCCACGUCAUUUGUAUGUUAUUAUACACGGAUCAAAGCUGGUUUGCAGGAAUAGGAAAUGCUCUCCAAUAGCAAGUUUACACCAUCUUUGACUUGACUAAAAAACACGUGUGGAUGGAUUGAAAGUUAAUUUCUGAGUUAAUGAUUUCAUUAUUUUCAUAAUCGUUUUUGUUUUCUGUUUGAUUUUGGAGAGUUAAAAUCACUCGGAGCCUAUGUUGUAGAAGACGUAGGCAUUAGUAUGAAGCCAGUUGUCGGUGUGUGUUUUUUGUUUUUGUUUUUUUGGGGGGGGGUUCUGGUCACAAUGUAACGGAUCAGCAACAGGACUCUGUUAAGCUGACUGUAAACUUUAAACUAGUCUGUUCUGUACAUCAGUAGUAUGUACUUGUGAAAAGUGCCUUUGAAAAUGUUUAAAUGGAACUUUAGACAUUCUGUCCUGUUGUAUUUUCAACUUAGAUGCUGCAGUUUUCAAUAAAUGCAGAGUAGCAAGUAGAAAUGGAUUAAGACUUAGUUUUCCAAACGGCUCUAUGGCAGAUAUAAUAUUAACCGGCUUCCACAUCGUGACAUUGCACUUUUAUGUAUAUACCUGUAAAUAUGGCAUGUAACAUCACAACAUCUAAAAUUCUUUCAAUGGAGGAUUUUUUUUUUUUUUUAAUAAAGAAAAUAGUU